AUGGUGUUCAUUGAGCAAGAAAAAGAUAAAUAUGUUGUUGGACAUUUACGUGAAAUUAUAAAACCAUUUAUUUUGAGAAGAUUAAAAGUUGAUGUAUGUCCAGAUAUACCACCAAAAAAAGAAGUUGUUAUAUACGCAUCAACGACUGAUCUUCAACGUGAAUUGUAUACAGCAACAUUAAAUCAUAAUCAGAGUGAAAUUCUGUCCGUGCAUGCAAAACGUAGAUGUGCAGCAAGACGUAACUAUAAUCGUAUUCAUACUGAUCCAUAUGCUGAAUUAUAUGAAGCAGCAGUUAAAAAAUAUCGUGAUGCUGAUAAUAAUAAAAAACUUCAAGUCGAAAAACAUGGGCUGAUCAUUUGUCCAACAAAUGACGUUGGACAACGUCGAAAUGAUGAAGAAUUGAUCAAAGCAUCUGGUAAAUUUAUAAUUCUUGAUGCAAUGUUGAAAAAACUUCAUGCAGGUGGUCAUAAAGUUUUAAUAUAUUCAACUUGGGUGCAAAUACUGGAUCAUAUUGAAGAUUAUUUAAAAAUACGACCAUGGAAUUGGACACGUCUUGAUGGUUCACGUAAGAUUAAAGAUCGACAAUAUAAUAUUGAUUUAUUUAAUAAUGAUCCAAGUUUAUUUUUAUUUUUAAUGACAACAAGAGCUGGUGGUGUUGGUCUUAAUUUAAUGGGUGCUGACACUCUUAUAAUAUUUGACAGUGAUUGGAAUCCACAAGCAGACAUUCAAGCUAUGGCAAGAUGUCAUAGAAUUGGUCAAACACGUCCUGUUAUUAUUUAUAAACUUUGUAUAAAAGGAUCAUAUGAUGAAUUAAUUAUCAAUCGUGCUAAUGCUAAAAAAAAACUUGAAAAACUUGUUAUAUCUGAAGACUUAAAUGGUGUUCCUUUUGAUAAAGAUAUGCUCUUGAAAAUGAAACAACUUCUUGAAAAAACUGAGCAUGAAGUGGUACAACUUAAACUUGCUGAUUUAUAUAAAUUACCAAAAGAUGACAUUCCAAUGGCAUAUGUUCUUGUUAAUAAAAAAGUAAACACACAUUUUUUUACGGAGAGUAAAAUGUUAUAG